AUGAAAGAAUUUCGGGUUUUGGCGGCUGUUGAAAUGCGGCUUGGGAAGUUGAAUUUACUGGGUUGCCCUUGUGUUUUGGGACCACCAUUCUGGUCAAGGAGGGAAGAAGAAGAAGAAGAAGAAGAAGAAGAAGAAGAAAUAGCGGUGCCGCUUCUAAGUAAGAAGAUCGUGAAGAUGAGGGUCAAGAAGUUCAAGAGACCCCAGAGCGACCGCAAAGUCUCCGUCAAGACAAACUGGCGUAGACCAAAGGGUAUUGAUUCCCGUGUAAGAAGAAAGUUCAAGGGAUGCACUUUGAUGCCCAACAUUGGUUAUGGUUCAGACAAGAAGACUCGUCACUAUCUUCCUAAUGGCUUUAAGAAAUUUGUUGUGCACAACAUCAAAGAGCUUGAACUGUUGAUGAUGCACAACAGGACAUACUGUGCUGAGAUUGCCCAUGAUGUUUCCACAAGGAAGAGAAAAGAGAUUGUUGAAAGAGCAGCUCAACUUGAUGUUGUUGUCACUAACAAGCUUGCCAGGUUGCGCAGCCAGGAGGAUGAAUAAGCCAUUGUAGUAAUUAUGUUUAGUAAUGAGCUUUCUUUGUUUAACAUUCUUAUCAAUUUUGAUAUUUUGUUGUUCUAGACAAAUCACAUUACAAUUUUGCCUAAGAUAUUUUCUUUUUGUUAAAAAUACUUGCUAAGUAUUAAUGUGAAGUUGUGGGUCAUCACCCUUUUCUGU